AGAAACAAAGUUCGUCGACCUCUUGAGUGUGUGUAGAUUUAGAUUUGGACCCAGCCUGUGCCAUUUUUGCCACAGAAUCAACAUAGAGAGGUAAGUGUAUGUAAGGCGUGUGAAUGAAGAAGCCUUAUGGUGAUUCAAGCGGUGAAUUUUGAGUAUACCUCAAUUCAUUGUUUCUGUUGAUCGGGGCAACAUAUUAUUUAAACGUCUCUGUUGGCAUUACGAUGCCCAGUGCCACACAUAAAUUGAAUUCACCUCAGUUGUGAUACGACCUUGUGUAAUCGUUUGGCAAGUCCUUAGAUUCAACAAUGUACUGUUACACUGAUUAACGUCAGGGUAGAGGAGUGCAGAAAUUGAGGGCGUCAAAGCCCCUCGAACAAUUUCGAAAUGAAAGGAUUCAUUUUGGCGCAUCCUUGAAUUCUGAUUUUUUUCCCCGACUAUUUUGUGGGGGCAUUUCAGACUUUCGGGAGGGAAGUGCCACAAAUAGUUAAAAUACUGAUUAAGGAUAUCUCUAACUCUGCCCCAGCCCAAUAUGAAUUUUAUUUAUCCCUGUUGUGGCGCCUUUGACGGUAUGCUUAUUGCAAUAGGUUACUCUCGUCCCUUACUUCAUUUUAUAAAGUAUUUUGAAAAAAAAUAAAAUCGAAACGUAAGAAUUCACUUUAUAACAUAACCGUAUUUAGCUUUGGACAUAAUACACUUAAUUAGAAAGCAGCGGAAGAGAUCCUACAUAAAAAUGUAGUUGUAGUUGCCGGUGUACUAUCCAGAAGUUCAGUGUGUACGCCAUUGUCAGUUACUUACAUCAACAACCAUUGAGGCGUUGGUUUAUUGUUGCACGUUGACAGGACUUAAUUAUGAUCGGGGAGGACAUUGAGACUGGGUAGCGCGCCUUGGUUAGAAGUUUGGGAGGAGCGAGCGGGUAUAUCAAUAGCGACACCAAAUUUGGGAAUUUCACUGACCGCUACAGCCCACACAGGAGAUUUCGCUCGAGAGUUUGAGUAGAUUUAGAUUUGGACACACCUUGUGGCAGUUUUGUCACAGAAUCCACUAGAGAUGUAAGUGAAUAAUAGCGUGGAAAUGAAGAAGCUUUAUGGUAGUUCGUGUGAUUGAUAGUUACGUUAGGUAGACGUUCCGUAGUUCGGAAGACUACGGUAAGUAGGUAGCUAGGGCCUAGUGUAGAUCACAUGGUGUGGGUAAUGUCUUCCCAUAUUUCAGGACUAAUCACCCCUUUUAUUGUUAUUGACACUAGUAAGAUAAAUAAUCACAACGACGAGGCGCAUAUAUCCUUGGAUAAUUCUCAAUUAUCUUUUAUCGUACCUAAGUGUAUUUAUUGUAUAUCGCAUGUUAUUAUACUUAUUAUAUGUGAUAAUAACUUAUCUUUAGUCACUUUAAGUUAAAUUGAAGACUUCUUUUGUUGUACGUUUUUGUGGAUUCUUGGGCACAUAGAAAAACAGGAUGGUGUCAGGGUUAUUUUAGAAAUUAGACUAAGUGUCACAGCAUAAGGGAGCUCUAGACAAAUUGGUGUCGAAGUGCGAUGGUACAGCAAUUGUUAAUUUAAUGAAGUAAAUUUGUAUUGCAUACUUUUAAUUCAGAUUGUACUUAGUCGUAUCUAGCUUAUUGCAUAUAUUGAACCUCACGGUUCAAGAUCCAUAUCCUGUAAUCAUCACUGUUAUUGUUUUAUUUUACUUUAGAUUCAUAUCUAUCUUCAGAUUAUUUUAUUGUAAUAUGGAAUAUUUGAAAGCACCCAUCGCAGACAAAAAGAAAGAUGUUAGCAAAGCUGAGUUUUUUCCGAUGGGUAAACUGAUACUGAUGAUGGAAUUUGAGGAACGACACAAAGUAGCCGAAAGGAAAGAAAGAAAACGACUAGCCAAAAUGGAAGAAAGACAACGACUAGCCGAAAUGGAAGAAAGACUAAGACAAGCCAAAAGAGAAAGUAAGGUACGUUAA